GAAAUUACUGUAUGUUGCUGUUGCAGGGGAGGAGCUCGUGUUGCGCUGAAGAUCAUUAAAAACAUUGAGCACUAUCGUGAUGCAGCUCUGUCUGAGGUUGAGGUGCUGGAGCAGAUUAACUCACUUGACUGUGACCGACGAUAUGCUUGUGUGCGGAUGUAUGACUGGUUUGAUCACCACGGGCACAUCUGCAUCGCCUUUGAGCUACUGGGCUUGAGCACGUAUGAUUUUCUGAAGGAAAAUAGCUUUCAGCCCUUCUCUGUCAACCACAUCAGGCACAUGGCCUACCAGAUCAUCAGAGCAGUCAGAUUUCUUCACAAGAAUAAGCUGACACACACUGACCUGAAACCAGAGAACAUCCUCUUUAUUAGUUCAGAGUAUGACAUCAAGUACAAUCCAAAAAUGAAGAGGGACGAGAGAACUUUGAAGAAUCCUGAUGUGAAAGUAGUUGAUUUUGGGAAUGCAACAUAUGAGCAUGAGCAUCACACCUCAGUGGUGUCCACACGACAUUACCGAGCUCCAGAGGUUAUUCUGGAUCUAGGCUGGAGUCAUUCCUGUGAUGUGUGGAGUGUGGGAUGCAUUCUUAUUGAGUAUUAUCUGGGAUCGACUCUAUUUCAGACUCAUGACAGCAAAGAGCAUCUGGCCAUGAUGGAGCGAGUGCUGGGCCCUAUACCGACACACAUGCUGCAGAAAACAAGGAAGAAGAGAUAUGUUUGCCAUGAUAAGCUGGACUGGGACGUUCACAGCUCCUCGGGACGUUAUGUUAGGAAGCAGUGCAAGCCACUGAGACAAUACAUUGGCUCCAGGAGCUCUGACCACGUACAGCUGUUUGAUCUCUUAGAGAGGAUGCUUGAAUAUGAUGUCACGAAGCGGAUCACCCUGGAUGAAGCCAUCAAACACCCUUUGUUUGACUCGGUCAGGAAGAACAAAAAAUAAUCGAUGGAUUCUCUUGCUUUUUGCUAUAGUUCCUCUCUGAGAGAGGCCGUUUCAGUCGACUGUAUCAGUCCUCUGUAUAGAUCAUACACUGCUGUCUUCUCAUUUAUAUUUAUUGUGCUUGUUUUUCAGUUAAGGGUAUGUGACCUUUUGCUCUUGAGUUCUCCGUUGAUUUGUACUGGUGUUGUAACCGCAUCACAUGACGGAGAAUAACUGUGAAUGGGCAAGGUUUUAGGGUAUUAAAUAUGUACGAUAAUUGUCACAGAUUUGUUACCAUUAUCAAUAUGAAGGUAGUGAUAUUUGUAAAUGUCUUCAGUUGUUCCUUGGUGUUUAAAUAAAAUCGGUUCAUGAUCAGAA